AUGGUAGGGAUGGUUUCCGGUCUGAAAGGGAGGAACUAUCAAGAAAAACUUAAGGAGCUAGGUCUGCAAACCCUUGAAACCAGACGGAGAAGAUUUGAUAUGAUCCAAACAUUUAAGAUUCUCAAGGGGUUUGACCGUGUGGAUAGCAGUUUAUGGUUUGAAACUGUUGGGAAUGAGCCUUCAAGACGAACAAGACAAUCUGCUUAUCAUUUGAACCUAGUUAAGAGGCAAGCAAGGCCUGAAAUAAGGAGCAACUUCUUCUCAAUCAGGGUUAUUGAACCCUGGAAUAGAUUGCCAACUGAACUGAAAGAGAGCAAGACUGUAAAAUCAUUCAAGGAUGGAUUGGACACCAUCAUUUAA